AUGGCUAACGAUCCAAUAGCCUGCUACCUCGUAAAAGGCUCGUCCAUUGGCCGCUUCUGGGAUGUAAUGAUCACCCAGUACCUGACACCAACGCAAAGCGAGCUAAACUUUAUCACAGAAGGUGCAAAGGCGGCAGUGCUGGCACGCGUGUACCCGGAUGAGAAGGCCUCCGCCUUCCAAUCGUUCCUCUUCACUCUUCGGAUGGUGCCAUGCUUCUCCACCAAGAGGCUGCGUGCUGCCUUGCGCAUGGGAGACAAAAUGGACUCAACCAAGGAUGCUUUUGGCAAGGAGCAUGGAAGCUACAUUUAUGUGUUCCUGCUGGGGGCUAGGCCGGAGUGGCAGGGCCGUGGCCUCGGAAGCGCACUGCUGCAACACCUGAACAGCAUUGCCGAUGCGAAGGGCAUGCACUGCUACCUAGAGUCUUCAUCGGAGAGGAGCAGACGGCUCUACAUGAGGCAUGGCUAUGUGGAGAUAGAGACGAUCAAGGCAGCACGGGAUGCACCGCCAAUGUUCCUCAUGAGCAGAACGCCCAGCAAUCUGCUGACUGGCACUAAUGGGAAUGGAGUACUGUAG